UUAUAAGCUCCAGCUCCCCAAACAGGGCCAUAGGUUUCUCUUCUCGAAACCCAGCAUAACCCUCUUUCUCCUCCUGCUCUGCCCACUAUCCAGUGCACCAGUGCGGAAACAGCAGCAUCGCUCAGGAUGGACGGACGGUGAGAUCGGCACGUGCCCGGCCUCUCGGCUCGCCGCUCUCUGCGCUGCCGCCAUCGUUGAGUAGUAGACCUCGACAUCUCGUCUUGAACGUUUCUGAUCCGUGAUAGCGCAUUGUACCAUAUAGCUCUCUCCCUCUCCUCCCAUCCACCCCAACGGGCCACCCCCGCCGCCAGUUCGACGGAAUGUCGCCGUGGGACUCGCUCGUGGACGCCGCGCUCGCGAGUCUUGCGGCCAGGAGACUCCUGUUCAACACGCGCCUCAUCGCCCUCGCACCGCCGCCGGCGGCCUCAGGGACCUUCGGGGGCCCAGGGCCCUGGGACCGUGCCACCGUCGAGGUCCGGCUCGACCGCGCCUCUCUCCAGCAAUGGCUCACCAUAAAUGGCGAGGCGAGUAUCCAAGAAGACGAGGUGAACCAGAAACUGAUCCUUUUCUCCGGGAACGACUACAUGUGCCUCAGCUCGCAUCCGGCAAUCCGUGAGGCUGCAGUGAAGGCAGCUCAAGAGUACGGCAUGGGGCCGAGAGGCUCUUCGUUGAUCUGCGGGUAUACUACAUAUCACAAAUUGGUGGAGGAAUCACUGGCAGAACUGCAGAAAAAAGAGGACUGCCUUCUUUGCCCCACCGGAUUUUCUGCCAACACGGCCGUGAUGACUGCUCUGGGUAGCAUCAGCUCUCUUUUGGCUGUUGGGAGAAAACCUGCAGAGGACGAGAGAAUCGCAAUUUUCUCAGAUGCGCUGAACCAUGCUUCAACUAUUGAUGGGAUCCGCCUUGUGGAGCGACAGCAGGAAGCGGUAGCGUUUGUCUACAAGCACCGUGACAUGUCGCAUCUUGAUCUCCUGCUGUCCAGUUGCUCAAUGGGAAAGAAAGUUGUUGUCACAGAUAGUCUGUUCAGCAUGGAUGGUGAUUUCGCUCCCUUAUCUGAACUUGUCAAAUUACGCAAAAAAUAUGGUUUUUUGUUGGUCGUCGAUGAUGCACAUGGAACACUUGUUUGCGGUGACAAUGGUGGUGGUGCACCUGAGCUGUUUGGAUGUGAAAAUGACAUUGAUAUAUGUGUUGGCAGCUUAAGCAAGGCUGCUGGCUGCCAGGGUGGUUUUAUAGCAUGCAGCACUAGAUGGAAGAGGCUAAUCCUAUCGCGAGGUCGCUCAUUCAUAUUUUCGACUGCUUUGCCAGUGCCAGUAGUUGCUUCUGUGCAUGCGGCCAUCUAUGUCGCAAAGAAGGAGCGAUGGCGGAGAUCAGUGAUCUGGGAACAUCUGCAGUAUUUUGCUUCUUUGACCAAACUCGACAUUACCAGCCCCAUCAUUUCCAUUGUAGUUGGAAGUGAAGAGACAGUUCUCAAGGCUCACAGCCAUCUGCUAAGAUCUGGGUUUCUUGUUCAACCAAUCCGACCACCCGUAGUGCCACCCAACUCAUGCAGGUUGCGAAUUACUCUUAGCGCAGCUCAUUCCUCGGAUGACAUCAAAAGGCUGGUUGAUGCACUCACACCCUGGCUCCAAUUCAAACAUGCUGAGCAGAGUGACGCUGCAGCUUCAAAACUAUAAGCAAUGAACCAUCUGAGUGUUGACGAUAUACCUUAGAGGCAAUCAUGAAGAUGAUUAUAUCACUUUUAUGUUUAUAUAAUUUUUAAUUAUGUUAUUCUAUUUCUUGGAUAAGUGUCAUUUAUAUUGAUAAACAAGCAUGUGACUUACUUAUAAAACUCUUUGUAUGUUUGGUGAUGUUAUCCUUAACAA